AUGCUCAGUAUUAGCAAAAGAAAUGAAACAGAAAUUAAGAAAAUUGAAGACAGUCUUCUAAAGAUAACCUAUCCAAUAUGUAAAUUCGGCUAAUCCCAUUUUCAAGAAAAUGCGACUUAAAUAUGUUUAGAUGAAAGAUGCCCUUCUAAUAUUAGAUUUGAAUUAAUUUGUAACAGCUGCACUUCAAAAAGAGGGGAACAUUUUAAAGAGCAGCAUAAACAUGCAAAUCUUGGCGCGAUAGCUCAAGACAUUAUUGAUCAAAUAAAGUAAGUGAUAUUACCUGAAUAAACCAAAGAGCAUAACUAGGAAAGUAAAGAGGCUAAUGAAUAGUAAAGUGAGGUUACAGUAGCAUAAUAAAAUGAGAAAAAUGAAAAAAACAAUAAAAGUAUGACUAAAAUGUUGGAAGAACAGGUCAAUUAAUGGAUAGAAAUGUCAGAAAUAUGCCGCGAAGUUGCAAGAAAAAUUCACAUUUCAAGUGAAAAUUAUAUUCAAUCUAAAUAUGCCACAGUUCCUACAGAAUAUUUAUAGAUAUUGUCUUGUAUUUCUAAUUUAACUAAAGAAAGUACAGUGGAUAAUAUUAAUUAGCAAUUUAGAGAGCUUUAAAGAUAUACAAAAACUCAAGAACCUUAAUCGAGUAGGGAUUAGAUUACCUUAAAAGUUGAAGACUCAGCAUCUAAAUAAAUAUUAGAAUAAAUCGAAAAGAGUGCUCAAGAAAAACUUACUAAUUCAUAAAGUAUAUUAACCGAAUUAAGAAAAAAGCUAGAAGACUUAGCUAGUCAGCCUGAAGUUUAAAGCUAUCAGUAAAUUAAAUAUCAAGAGUACUAUUAAGAAAAUGCUAGAGCUCUUGCAGAAAAGUGCCUUCACAUUAAAUCGUUUGAUGAUGUUUAAUAAAUUUAACCUACUCAUGAGCUGAUUGUAAUAAAGUCUUUAGAGUAAGAAAUAGUAGAUUCUCUCAAGAAGAUUAACCUAGCUAACAGACUUAUUGACAUAGAGAUGCCUUAAGAUACUUAAACAUCUAAUUGCAAAAAAAUUAUUGAGCUUUUGAUUUCUGAUAACUCUCCUUUUCAAAACAUUGCAGGCAUAAAUUUAAUUCUACCCUAAAAGAAUUUAAGAGAUUUAGAUAACACAAAUGACUCAAGCAACGAAUUAAUUAUUUCUUUAUUAAAACCUCUUCAAAAAAUCAUCUAAUUAAACAAAUUUAAAGACUUCGGAUUGAAUUUUAAAAACUGGUCAAAAUGUACAAAUAAAACGGCAAAUGCACUUUCUGAUACAAUUAAAGCUUUAUGUGCCUCUUCUCAGAACUUGAUUAGUUUCUCUCUCAAUCUACAAAGUUUGAUACACUUAGGUGGUGAUUAAUUCACUAAUUUCAUAGAAUCUUUGAAGAUAUUCUCUUAAAAGAGCUCUCGUAUUCAAAACUUUUCUUUUAAUAUUAGCAGGCUCAUAAAUUUAAACCAGUCAGAAUUCAAAGGAAUAUUGGAGUCGAUAGAAUAAAUUGCCUUAAAUAACUAAAAUAUCCAUCAUUUUGAACUUAAUUUGUCACUAAUCUAAAACAUUCAUGAAGAUGCUUACAAGCAGAUAGGAGAAAUUUUAUAAAUAUUAGCUACUAAAAAUAAAACAAUAACUACCUUGAAGCUUAGUUUCAUGGGUUGGUCAAACAUAUCUGAUAAAAAUGCAUUAAUUAUACUGGAAAAUUUAGAAUAAUUAGUUAUGAGUAAUAAUCUUUUCAAGUGCUUUACCUUUGAUAUAUAAAACUGGGAACUUUGCACCGAUGUUUGCAUACAAAAAGUAGAAAAUAUGAUCAAAACUCUGACAUCAUUUUGCAAAACAUUAGAAGAAUUCAGCUUAAAUAUGUCAUAUUGGAAGCUAGGCAAAUAAAAAGCUGCUACUGAUUUAGCAAAUACUUUAGUUAAGCUAGCCAAAGGUAGUCCAAAAAUAUACAAAUUCAACCUUGAUUUUUUCAAUUGGUCUGAUGAGUGUGUAGAGAUUUUUGAAUAGUUACAGUAAGAUUUGUAAAUUUAUUUCAACUCUGUUAAUGACUACCAUAAAUGA